UAGUUAUAUUUUAUUUUAACAAUUUAUUGCAAAACAAUGCGAGCAACUUAAUUAACUUCAAUUAAAGGCAACCAGCGACACUCUCUAUAUAAACUGAGCGCUGUCUCCGAAGAAGGCAUCAAUCCAGUGCAGCACCUCCAGCACUCAGCUUCUAUCAAAUUCAAUCGUGUCCACGUUGCAAACAACAUGAACAAAUUUAUGUUUUUGGCCUGCCUUGCAGUGCUCGGCUGCAGUCGCUGGGCAGCGGCACGUCCUGAUCUCAGUCGUCAGUCCUACCGCUAUGACAUCGGCCAGAACGACAAUUUGGUAUCUGGGCCAUUGGUCACAACAUCCACUUCGUAUCAGCCAACAGCAUCGGGCACCACCUACUACAAUAGUGCACCCUCUGUGGGUCAGCUGACGACGGUUGCGGGCAACGUUGGCUUUGGGCCCUCCGCUCAAGUGAGCGGCGUUCAGUAUUCCGGCAGCACCAGCUACUCCAGCGGAAUCAGCGGUGGCGGCAUCAGCGGUGGUGGCAUCAGCGGUGGUGGUGCCGUUGCCAGUGGCGUCUCAACGAGCAGCAGCACCUACACCGGUGUUGUCAACGAUCAUAUUGGUCUGGCUGGCAUUUACCCAGGACCCGCUGUCAACUAUAAGGAAGAGGAGGAAUACAUCAGCCAUUUGGCCAACUUCCAGACACCAAUUGUCAGCAAGCACUUCUAUCUGCACACCGCGCCCGAGGAUCACGAUGAACAGCAGAUCGUCCGUUAUGUGAAUGUUGGCAAGCCAAGGAAGAACUAUCGCGUUGUCUUCAUCAAUGCACCCACAUCGACCACCAGCAAGGCCAAGAUCAUUGCCAACGUUGCCCCAGUCGAGGACAAGACUGCCAUCUAUGUGCUGUCCAAGAAGUCGAACGCUCUCGAUGUUAGCGCCGAGGUGGUCACACAACGUCCCGUCAACAACAAGCCCGAGGUUUACUUCAUCAAGUACAAGACACCCGCGGAGGCAGCUCAUGCCCAGCGCACCAUCCAAUCCAACUACGACACCUUGGGCGGCAGCUCGAGUUUCAGCGAUGAGGGCAUUGUGCCAACCUCCUCAGUCAUCAAUGCCCUGGGUGACAACGGCGCCUCCGGUGUGGUCAGUAAUGGCUCCGGCGGUGUUAGCAUUAUUGGCACUGGCGGUGUACCCAUUGCCGAUUCCGGUGUCGGUGUUGGUGUUAGCUCCAACGACAAUGUCCAGAUCGGUGUGAACGCUGGCAGCAACGGCCAGGUGGCAACCGGCACUUCCAAUGUUGGCACCAGCAUCAUUCAGACCACAUAUCUGCCCGCCAAGCCCAUCAGAUCCGUCAAGUACUAGACGUGCCAUCUGCAUCGUAACCUAUCAAACCAUGCCCAAUCAUCUGGCCAGCUCCUCGAUAGCUGCUCGGACCACAAACACAC